AUGAAGCUUUCGCUCUUGCUGUAUCCUGCGUUUGUCUCAGCUGCUCACGCGAAUGGUCAAAGCCGCGUGCUUAAGCAUGGCAGCCCAGAGUCAGUCGGCUUAUUACCUCAGCCGCUGAAUGCGAUGAUCCAGAACAUCACCUCCUACACCGAGCCCCGCAACUAUGGAGUCGCAUCCUUUCAAGAAGUUAGGGCAUUGGAGCCUGGCUCUGUCAAUCUGGUCGCUCGCCACGGCACCAUCGUCAGUUCCUUCGCGGUUGGCCACAGGAAGCUCUACGCCGAUGCUAAUGGCACUCUGCUCGAGCCUCAAGAGCAGGAAAAUGCGACCUUUGACACUGUCUAUGACAUGGCAAGUCUCUCAAAGCUUUUCUGCACCAUUGCGGUACUCCGGGAGGUCGAUGCGGGAAGGAUCGAUCUGAAUCAGACGGUGGCUACAUACCUACCUGAGUUUGGGGCCAACGGGAAAGAGAAUAUCACCGUCAUCAAUCUUCUCACGCACUCGAGCGGCCUCUUGCCAUUGCCAACCCCGGACCUCUGGAAGUCUGAUUACUCGUCCAUUGAUCAGCGAGUGGCCACCCUUCUGACUCUCCCCCCCCAGGUGCCGCCCAGAACGCAGUUCAUAUACUCAGACAUUGGUUUUAUGACCUUGCGAUAUAUUCUGGAAAGGGUCACUGGCAGGAACUUUGAACUAUUGGUCUAUUCAUACACCAUACCACUUGGGAUGAACUCUACGUUUUACAAUCGCGGAAACCUCGAGGGGCCGCUCAACCCCUUUUACCACCGUACCGCACCAACAGAGUUCGAGAUCGAGGCCCAAGGCCCAGAGGAACCGGCGAGACCGCAGCCUGUCCGGGGAACCGUCCACGACGAGAACACGUGGGCUCUAGGCGGACUCUCUGGCCACGCAGGAUUAUUCUCUACCGUCGGGGAUGUCGCUAUAUUCUGCCAAAUGAUCCUGAACAACGGCACCUACGGCCAACAUCGCAUUCUUUCCCAGAAAUCCGUGGAUCUCAUAUUCACUGACUUCAAUGCGAAGUUCCCUGGGAACAACUAUGGCACUGGCUUUGCGCUUAACCAAUCGUACACCCAAGGGAGCAUGCAGAGCCUGAAGACGGCCAGCCACUCCGGUUUCACUGGCACCACGCUUGCUAUUGAUCGUCCUUCGGACACGUUCUGGAUUCACUUUAGUAACCGAGUUCAUCCUAGUAGGUACUAUGGUACAAAUAACCCUGUUCGAAGGGCGAUGGGAUAUUGGGUUGCCAAGAGUCUUGGUAGAGAUGUUCCGUUCCCUAACUAA